GAUCCCCGUUCCUUCGCAAGAAACCUUGGCCGAUUCCAAUCUCUCCCUCCCCGCUCCCCUUCCGCAUAAAGCAAAUCUCUUGUCGCCAUCAUCUUGUCGUUCUCAUCCCGUUCUCAGCCCACUUCCUGGAGCCGGCGGCGGCAAUGGGGGAGGAGCAGAGGAAGAAGAAGGAUGUGAUUCGGUUGGAGCGCGAAUCCGUCAUUCCGGUUCUCAAGCCCAAACUCAUCAUGAAACUGGCGUAUCUCAUCGAGCUUGGUACUGACCGAGCUGAAUUCCUUAGGCUAUGCAAAAGAGUUGAGUACACUAUUCGAGCUUGGUACCUUCUACAUUUUGAAGAUCUUAUGCAACUUUACUCACUGUUUGAUCCUGUUCAUGGUGCUCGGAGAUUGGAACAACAGCACUUGUCUGAUGAGGAGAUCGAUGUUCUGGAACUGAAUUUUAUAACAUAUUUAUUCCAGGUAAUGGAAAAGAGCAACUUCAAACUAGUGACUGAUGAGGAGAUUGAAGUUGCGCAAUUUGGGCAAUAUCUCUUAAAUCUACCGAUCAAAGUGGAUGAAUCCAAGCUGGACAAGAAGCUUCUGCCAAGGUAUUUUAAGGAGCAUCCUCAUGAGAAUCUCCCGGGAUUUUCUGAUAAGUACAUGAUAUUUCGCAGGGGGAUCGGAAUUGAUCGUACAACUGAUUACUUUAUCAUGGAGAAAUUGGAUAUGAUCAUAUCUCGUAUUUGGAUGUGGUUUCUGAGAGUUACUAGGCUCGAGAGACUAUUCUCCAAAACCGAAAAGUUGAUAUCCAAGAAAGAUACCAAGAAAACUGAUGAAAUCAGUUCUGAUUCAGAGGAUCAAGACAUAUUUGUCGAACGUAUUCGAAUUGAAAAAUUAGAGCUUAGUAUCGGAAAUCUAAUCGGCCAGAUCACAAUCCAAGAGCCAACUUUUGACAGGAUGAUCGUUGUGUACAGGCGAGCAAGCACAAAGACGCACAUAGAACGAGGAAUCUAUGUAAAACAUUUUAAAAAUAUUCCUAUGGCUGACAUGGAACUAGUAUUGCCUGAAAAGAAAAACCCAAGUUUGACUCCUAUGGACUGGGUCAAGUUCCUCAUUUCUGCUGUGCUUGGUCUUGUUACUCUUGUCAGCUCCCUUGAGAUGCCUAAAGCGGACAUCUGGGUUGUCAUUGCCAUCAUCUCUGGUUUGGUUGGUUACUGUGCUAAGGUCUACUUCACGUUUCAACAGAACAUGACGACCUACCAAAAUCUAAUCACCCAGUCCAUGUAUGACAAGCAACUUGAUAGUGGCAGAGGCACGCUUCUACACUUGUGCGAUGAUGUGAUUCAACAAGAGGUCAAAGAGGUGAUAAUUUCUUACUUCAUUUUGAUGGAGCAGGGGAAACUAACAAUAAAGGAUCUUGACCACAAAUGUGAAGAACUCAUCAGAGAACAGUUUCACGAGGAUAUCAACUUUGAAGUCGAGGAUGCUGUCCGAAAGCUGGAGAAACUUGGUAUUGUUGCAAGAGAUUCUAUUGGAAGAAUCUACUGUGUUCCCCUGAAGCGAGCAAAUGAGAUCAUUGGCACCACCACAGAAGAACUGGUGAUCAAAGCCCAACAAGGUCUUCCAAGUUGAUCAAAGUUGAGAAUCCAUCAACAGCAUCCAGGUUUUUCCACAGCAAUAUAUUUUUCCUAGUCGAAGCCAAAUUUCCACUUAAUCUUCAGUUCGACCAUGUGUCGUUUUACAUUCUUUAUCUGUAAUUAUGCAUCUUUUAUCCUUCAUUCAUUAGCUGGUCUUCCUUGACUGCUGAGGGGAUAAUAAGAACUGGAAUAGAAAUAUUUAUAUUCUUUCUUUUACGAAAUAACUUUGAUUUGAGUUCAGAAAUUGAUUUCUUUUCAUGUAAUGACUGCACUAACUUUCCCUUAGAAAUGUAUGUGCUUUAUGCACAUUUAUAAUCAAACGUUUUUCUCCCAUAACCUGCUACUUGUAUUAUCAAGUUUGUAUUCCUUUUAAUCGCUAAGGUUAAUAGGUGAUGUCAGAAACAUAGUUUCUGUAAAAUUAUGAAUUCUUUGGUCCAUUUGGCCAUCUUAUGGACGGGUUGCAGUUUGCAGCCCAACAAAAGGGAGAAACAGAAAGAAGUUGUUCAUGCUUGAACUUAUAAGAUCCAAAGAGUUCAUCCUCUAAGAAUGUUAAUGAUUAGUAAUUAGUGUCAAUUUUAAUUUAUUAUGGAAGGAGAUGAAGAGGAGGAAUGCUGAGUAGUAGAUUGUACCUGAGAGGAGGAAGGUGGGACGUGAAGACGGUGCAGCAUGGUGACAUCUGCAUUCUCCCAUUAUUCACCAACCAAUCUGCCAUGACAUCAACGCAAUGAAGAUAAUUCAGAUCAAAAUCACAAGUCGAAUGACAAAAUAAUAAUAACUGGAGUAAAAUAUAACUACUGACGAUGAGGAGAUUCAAGUAGGAAUGCUGAUACGUUAAUGAUCACAGAGAAAUUGGAGCAGGUUA